GGGUGAAUCAAGUGAUGAAAUUGCACAAGGCAACAACUAUUGAGGAGUUGACAAUCGGUUUUGCUCUCCCUAAAGAAUAUUCUGACAGCAUGAACAAUUGGGUUCAAUUUGCUGCCAAAAAACGUGUCCAAAAACUCAACUUGAGUCUUUACAGUUGUGGGCUUAAUAUGGAAUUAAUGGAACACAAUUGCCGGUUCAGCAGGGACAACAGGAGGCUUUACUGGUGGAGACUGAGAGACUGUCAUAUGAGCAAAGUAAAUGUGGAUGACAAAGAUAUUGACUGCUUGUUAUCCAACUCCCCCAAUCUUGAAAAUUUAUGUCUUAGAGACUCACACAACAUCAGAAAUCUCAGAGUUUCAAAGGCUCGCAAAUUGAAAUGCUUGAAGAUUUGCAAAUGCAGGUGGAUGCGAACGCUUUUCGUCUUUGCCCCAAAUCUGAAAGACUUGUUCAUAUGUAGUCGGGAAUCAAGCUAUUUGUUUGUCAUUACGAGACCUUUCCUCCAAGAAUCCAUUUGGAUAUAUGCCCCAAAUCUAGUGUCCUUUAGAUUUUGUGGUGUAGUGACGAGUCGUAGUCCUCUAGUGUUUAGGGAUGUUGAUCAGCCUCCCCAUCUCUCCUACGUAUCUCUUGGUCUCAUGAACUCAUUUAGGACGAAUAUUGACUGUUUUCAGGAGCUGUUUACUCAUUUCUCUCAAGUCAAGAGAUUAAGGUUGGAUAUGGAGUUGAAGGUUAGAACUUUAAGGAUUAGAUCUCACAUUUUUCCUGUCUUAUACAUGUCUAAGUAGUGAUAUAUUGUCACUUCAUUUAAAUAACAUACAUAUAGAAACCUUUUAUAUCAGGAGACCAGGGAAAUGGGAUAGAAGAGCUCUAUGCCUGUAUACUUAAUCAUGUUACAUUUCUGUUCCUUUUUUUUUUUUUUGGGGGAAUAUUGUAUGUCAUUGUAUUGUGUAUUUUCUUUGUUAUGGCUAAUUAGGUCGUUCUGGAUAUGGUACAAAGAAAUCAAAUCUCGCAUCAAUUUCCACAUCAAUUCAUUAAUCUUGAGCAUUUGGAGAUGACAAUCAAAUGUCCACCGAGAGAGAUAUCUUUGCUCUGGCUCUGUUCCCUUGUAAAAGCGGCUCCUUUCCUGUCUAGUUUGUCAAUCAAGCUUUGCUAUCUUGACAUUUCUUCUAAAAGGAAACGCAUGUUCGAACAUGAAUUGAUCGACUUUGAGUGGAAGGAUGACGAUAUCCCUAACAAAGUGAACUCAAACAUUAGGCAAUUGCAUCAUUCUCUUAAAGUGGUGGAGUUGGUUGGUUUUGCUGGUUUUAGAAAUCAAAUUGAGCUGGUUUUGCAUUUAGUUGAGAUUGCUGUGUCGCUUGAAAAAAUUAUCCUGGAUGUUCGCAUGCCAAGGGAUUACCGGCAAGAUGGCAUUUUGAUCUACAAUAAUAAUCACAGUGCUGAAACUUGUCGAGCCUGGGCCCAGCUUUUAAGAACCCAAAUACGUCCUAAAAUUGAUGUUGUUAUAAUUUAAUAUGAAUGUAUUAUAAAUGCAAUGACAUAUUUCAUGUCAUUACCUCAUUUUUAACCCAAUGGUUAGCAAUUUGUGGCUUUUGUUUGUUUGCAUUGCAAGAUAAAAUUUUAUUCAAUUGAGUUGGGUGAGAUGUAAUUUUGGGUUCAAACCUCCUUGGAUUGAAUUAUUGUUCUUCAACUUGAAGGACAAUGAAGUAAAAAAGCUGUUUGAGUUCAAAAUUUUCAUUUGUCAUACAAUGAAGUAAA